UAUUGUGUUUGUUGAUUCAGUGGUUUGUGUAAAACGCGUAUUGUUUUGCUGUUGUCAGGGCUCUGUUUUCUUCUUCCCGGGUGCACUGAGAAAAAUCUCCCAGUCAUUGGCUCCUAUAAACCAGAUUCACACAGGCAGCCGUCUUUGUGCCCAGUGAGUGACUGUAAUCAGAGUGACUCACACAGUAAACGCCUGCCGCUCCCUUGGCACAGUUAACGGAGGCGGGAUGUAUAAGGUGGAACCUGUUUGUCUGCUUCAAGUCAAGUAUUUGUCCACCUGAGUGGCGCUCCUCUGCUCAGACACAGCCUGCAGAGCGAACAGCAUGGACUGACUCAACUCUGCUGAAACUCUUCAAAACAACACGAACCAAAGCACCUGCCGGAUGGACCCUGAGGUUUAGUCAGAGGGGAUCAUUCAAUGCCACUGUGACAGAAACAAAAGGAUCAUGCUGUCACACCGGAGGGGAAGGAGUCUCUCUGACGCCCUGACCCUGGAGCGAUCAGACGAGGGGGGGCUGGUCGUAUCAAGCAUCAACAACAGUGCCUCAAGCAAUCAGGGACUGAGUAAAGGGGAUGAAAUCUUGGGGGCAACAAUCAAUUUUGAUCAACUAUCAAAAGACGAGGUGCUAAGAGUACUGAAGCUAAUGGAGCCUUUUGAUGACAACAUCCAAGUCCUCACAAGGAAAAACCUGAGCAAGAGCAUGGACAAUCUGGACCAUUGUGUCAAGACUCCUGAGACGAUGCUGAAGGAUUCCUACAACAAACUCUACAAUGCCAAAAUCAAAAAGUUUAUGAGAGACGAUUUGCCUGGUGCCGAGGAGAACUGUGUGAACGGGGAGGUUACCGCCAAGCCAACUGUACCAGGCUCAUCCAAGGUCAACCUAAAACACGACAUGGGAUUGCCUCGCCUCGGAGUUGACUUUGGACUUCUGAAAACCAAGACUUUGAGCAAAGAUGUUGAUGCUGGAGAAUUAACAUACGACAGCAAUUUGAACCUUCCACCGUUGGGUCUUGGCUUCAAUGGGACUGCUCUAAGUGGAGCUCAGCUACCAAGACUGAAAGUCAAUGCUAGCAAUCCACAGCUUAACACACCAGACUUACAUCUGUCUGGAACAUUACCAGCUGGUCCAAACACUACAGCUGGUAUACAACUGCCAAACAAUGACCCUGAUACAGACCUAAAAAUGCCAGGUGCUGAUAUAUCACAGCUUAAUCCAAAUGGGCUGGACAUUGACAUGCCUUCAGGGGAUGUCAGAGUGCCACUUCAUAAAUCAAAAAUUGGUCUUAAAUCUCCAGAUUUAGACAUAGAUGCCCCAUCUGGUAAAUUCACCCUGCCCAAAUUUGGGGUCUCCAGCAAAAGUGAUGCUUAUGUUAAAACACCUGACUUAAGUCUCAAAACACCAAAGAUAAAAGGUGGGAUUCAUGCACCCGAUUUAAAUCUACCCAAAGCUGACCUAAAAGGACCAAAUUUUGCCUUUGAUACUCCAUCUGCUGGCAUUAAAGGUCCAUCUGGAAAAUACAAGGCUCCUAAGUUUAGGAUGCCCAAAUUUGAUUUACCAGACAUUCAAGUUCCAAGUUUCAAUGGCGAUAUAGUGGGACCAGAUAUGCAGUUGGCAGCACCAGAUCUCAAAGUUAAAGGCCCUGAAUAUGACUUAAAUACUCCAGACAUGGAUGUGUCCACUCCAAAGUUUAAAGGGGGCAUCAAUUUGCCUGGUGCUAAUCUCAAAGACCCAAAACUAAACCUUAACACCCCUGAUUUGGACAUUAAUUUGCCUUCUAGUAAAUUGGGCAAUGAUGCAGAUGCUCCCUCUGGCAAGGUUAAACUGCCAAAGUUUAAGCUCUUUGGCACAUUACCAAAGAAAAAAGAUGUGGAUAUCAAUGCAGGGCUGAAAACACCUGAACUAAGUCUGAAAUCCCCAAAGCUAAAUGGUAUAGAUGCUCCUGAUAUGAGUUUACCAAACAUGGAUCUCAAAGCUCCAAAUUUAGACCUCCGAUCUCCAGAUGUAAACGUUGGUUCACCCAAAGGAAAGUUCACCAUGCCAAAGAUGAAAAUGCCCAGCUUUGACUUGUCAGGUCCAAAAGGAGCAAACAUUGACAUGGAUGCAUCACUAAACAGACCAGAUCUGCCAUCAGGUGGUCUUGAUGUAGAUUUGUCUAAGCCAGAGUUUGACAUUGAUGCACCUUCACUUGACCUCAAAGGCCCAAGGUCAAAGCUGAAAAUGCCUGAAGCUGAUAUUGGAAGUCCAUCAGGAAAAAUGAAGAUGCCAAGUUUUACAAUGCCAGAUUUUGGAUUGUCAGGACCAAAGCUGAAAGGACUUGAUGGUGAGCUAAAGACUCCAGACUUUGAUCUUUCAGCCCCCAAAUUUAAGGGGGCUCUUGGUUCCCCAGAUUUGAAAUUGCCUGAGAUGGAUCUUAAUAAGCCCAAACUAGAUCUUUCUGGCCCAGAUGUCAACUUAGACAUGCCAUCAGGUAAACUAAAAAUGCCAGAGCUUCAUGCUCCAGACUGGGAUGUUAAUGCUCCCUCAGGCAAAUUGAAAAUGCCAAAAUUCAAUCUUUCAGGUACAUUACCAAAAGGACCAAAUAUGGACCUGAAUGCAGAUCUUAAGUCACCAGAUUUGAGUCUUAAAGCUCCAAAGAUAAAGGGUGGAAUUGAUGCUCCUGACUUGGACUUGCCUAAUAUGGACCUUAAAGCCCCCAAGUUAGAUGUGAACACUCCAGAUCUCAACAUCGGUUCACCCAAAGCAAAAUUUAAAAUGCCUAAAAUGAAAAUGCCUAAAUUUGGCCUCCCAAGCCUAAAAGGACCUGAAAUUGAUGGCAACUUUGAUGGUCCAGAUGUAGAUAUAAAUGCACCAAAUGUCAAUCUGAAAGGACCCAACGCUGAUUUAGAAAUGCCAGAUGUUGAUAUUUCUGGUCCAUCUGGAAAAUUCAAAAAGCCAAACUUCAACCUGCCUGACUUUGGACUUUCUGGUCCAAAGUUAGAUGGCCCUAACUGGGACCUCAAAUCACCUGAUCUUGAUAUCUCUGGUCCUAACCUCGGUGGUGGUUUAAAUGCACCAGACAUAAAUAUGCCCAAGGUUGAUCUCAAAAGCCCAAAACUGGACCUCAAUUCCCCAAAGCUAAACUUAGACAUGCCAUCAGGUAAACUGAAAAUGCCAGAGCUUCAUGCUCCAGACUGGGAUGUUAAUGCUCCCUCAGGCAAAUUGAAAAUGCCAAAAUUCAAUCUUUCAGGUACAUUACCAAAAGGACCAAACAUGGACAUAAACGCAGAUAUGAAUUCACCUGACUUGAGCCUGAAAGCACCAAAGAUGAAAGGUGGAAUUGAUGCUCCUGACUUGCACUUGCCUAAUAUGGACCUUAAAGCUCCCAAAUUAGACAUGAACACUCCCGAUGUCAACUUUGGUUCACCCAAAGCGAAGCUGAAAAAGCCAAAAUUGAAAAUGCCUAAUGUUAGUCUACCACACCUAAAAAGACCUGAGAUUGAUGGUAAUUACGAUGUCCCAGACAUUGACAUCAAUGCACCCAACUUUAACCUCAAAGGGUCCAAACCUGGCUUUGGAAUGCCAGAUGUUGAUUUUGGCAGCCCAUCUGGAAAAAUUAAGACGCCACAUUUGAAAAUGCCUGAUGUGGGAUUUACUAGUCCAAAGUUAGAUGGCCCCAACUUUGACUUCAAAUCACCAGAUCUUAAUGCCAAAUUACCGAAAGGGCCAAAUUUGAACAUAAACUCAGACCUGAAAACUCCAGAUUUUAAUCUCAAAGCUCCAAAGAUGAAAGGUGGAAUCGAUGCCCCCAAGUUGGGCUUACCAAACGUGGACCUCAAAGCUCCCAAUUUAGAUAUGAACACUCCAGAUGUCAAUAUUGGUUUACCUGAUGCAAAGUUCAAAAAGCCCAAGAUGCCAAAAGGCCCGAAUGUUGACAUUAAUGGGGACCUACAUGGGCCUGACCUGAAUAUCCCAAAUGUAGAUGUUAAUGGUCCAAAAGGAAGAUUUAAUAUGCCAAGUUUAAAUGCACCAGACCUCAGUCUCUCAGGGGGAAUGAGAGGUCCAGAUGUUGACAUGAAUGUUCCCUCAGGAAACAUCCAGGGUCCUCAGAAUGAUUUUGAUUUGGCAGACAGAAAAUUCAAGCUCCCUUCUUUCAAGCUGCCUCAGUUUGGAGGCCCAGAUCUUACAGCGACAGGGUCUGAUAUUGAUUUUGGUGCCUCUCUGAGACCAACAAAUCUGGAUAUUACUCCUCCAAAACUGAACAUGAAACCACCACAGUUGAAGGGAAAUAUCACAGGUCCAAAUGUCAGUGCUCCGAACAUGAAUCUCAGCAUGCAAAACGCGGCAAUGCGGAAUCCACAGCUGCAUCUCAAACAUCCGGAUCUCAACAUAGAUAAUGCAUCACUGAAUUUCAAAGAACCUUCUUUUAAGAAUCGCAGAUCCAUGAAAAUGCCUGUCCUGGAUGUAGAUAGAGAUGUCAGACUUCAUCACACAGAUAGGUCACCUAGGACCCAAGUAAGGUCCAGCUACCCUCUGCCAGAUGCUAAUUUAGGCCACAAUAUUGAUUUCAACCAUUCAGAUCUCAACAUUGAUGAUUUCACAGGAAGGGAUCAUGUGCCUCGAGCCAGAGGUUCAAAAAUGGACCACCAGGCAUCACAUAACUACAGACAGAGGGCCUCCCCGUCAGGUGUUAAUAUUGACAUGAGGGACCCUAGACAUACCAGACAAAUUCCUAGUGGUGACAUUUAUGUGAAUCCUCCGAGAACAAUGCAGCAGCUACCUAAUGCACAUUUGCCACAAGAUCCAAGAAUAAGAGUACCUGAUAAUACAGAUGGAUACUUCGUUACUGUUUUCCCCAACGAAGCACAAAAUCAAAGAAUGCCAAACCGCAAAUAUAACACUCUUGGGGGGCCUAACUUUUAUCCAAGAAACAUAGACCUUGAAGUUCCAGGUGAAGAUCAUGUAAAAGGGUCAACGUUCUUCUUGUCCAACCUCAUGUAGGUUUAAAACCACUGAUGUUUUCCAUAAGUGCUGGCAAAUGUUUCUUUUAGUGUCAUUUUUAUAGUUUAUUUAUUGUGACUUAAGCUGUUGUAAGUUGUUGUAUCAUAUAUGCUUGUGAGUUUUUUUUAAAGUUUUGGGACUUUCUGCCUCAUUUGCUUUGUAAUGAUUCAGCCUACAUUAUAAUGUAGCGUUCUUGCACUUGUUUUAUAUUUAAAUUUAAACAUUUUCACAUUUUGUACUUUGAAAAGUCGGUAUUCUUUCUAUGUACGUUAAAGUUAAGUUAUGGCACCCAAAUGGUACUAUUACAAGAUCUACAAGUUUUGUUAUAUAUUGUUGUUUUUAUGUAUUGUAUAUUGUCAACUGAACGUUAAAAUAUCCAAAGUUAUCUAUAUGUUUAUGAUAUAUUAUACUGUAUAUCUAUACUUUUGAAACACCUACUUCUUUUUAUAUUAAUGGUCGUUGAAUUUAUAUAAUUUUUAUAAACAAUUUUGCUUCAAUGGUUUUUAGUAAUAUAAAUGAAAUUAUUUAAGGUUACUAUACUAAACUAUAUUCAAACAUAUACUUUUUAAUAUU